AUGUCUGGAAUUUGCCGGGCGCGCCUCGCUGAAGAACGCAAGCAAUGGAGGAAGGAUCAUCCCUUCGGCUUCUACGCGAAGCCAAUGAAGGCUCCAGAUGGGUCUAUGAAUCUAUUGGAGUGGGAGGUCGGGAUUCCAGGAAAAGCAGGGACUCCCUGGGAAGGUGGUGUUUAUAAGCUCAUGAUGAUAUUUCCAGAGGACUAUCCUUCGAAACCCCCCAAAUGCAAAUUUGCGCCACCUCUUUUCCAUCCUAAUGUCUAUCCUUCUGGGACUGUCUGCUUGUCAAUUUUGGACGAAGAGAAAUCAUGGAAACCAGCAAUCACUAUUAAACAGGUCCUGCUCGGAAUUCAAGAGCUGCUCAACGAUCCAAAUGUAAAUGAUCCAGCGCAAAGUGAUGCAUACACUAUGUUCAAGUAA